GGUGCCCCCUUCCCCAGCCCGCCCUGAGCUGGGCGCCCCGGCAGGACCGCACGUGGCUGGAUUUGUUUGUCCCCCACCGCGGGGGUGGAUCCCGCACCGUGCACCGCACCGACCGCCAUGGCCCCGGGACCCGCCGCCCUGCUCUGCUGCCUCGGCGCGCUGCUGGCCCACGCCCAGGGCAAGGUGCUGGCGCCCAGCUUGGAGCCCCUGGAGCCCUGGCCCCCCGUGGCGGCCAUGACCCUGCCUGUGAGCUACCGCCUCUCCAACACCCGCCUGGCCUUCUUCCUGAAGGAAACGGGGGCGGGGCCGGGGGGGAACGCCAGCGUCCCCCUGCAGCGCUCUGAGCCCUUCGUCGUCUUCCAGACCAAGGAGCUGCCCGUCCUCAACGUCUCGCUGGGGCCCUUCAGCACCGGGCUGGUCCUGCCCAAGGAGCAGCUCCAGCCCUCCAGCACCCUGGAGAUUCCUGACCGGCUCACCGUCAACUGGAAGGUGCGAGCCUUCAUCAUCCAGCCACGGGUGCUUGCCAGCCAGCCCGUGGUCCAGGUGCUCUUCUACGUGGCAGGCCGGGACUGGGACGACUUCGACGUGACCGACCGGCUGCCCUGCGUCCGGCUGCACGCCUUCCGCGAGGCCCGCGAGAUCAAGAGCUCCUGCCGCCUGCGGGGCAGCCUGGCCACCUGCCUGGUGCAGGCCGAGCUGCCCCACCCCUGGUUUGGCCCCUCGGCCGUGCCCCUGGGCAGGAGGAAGGCGCCGGAGGCCCUGGACCUGAGCGGCGAGAGCCAGCAGGCUGAGUUGUACUACACGCUGCAUGCGCCCGACGGGGCUGGGGAGUGCCCUGGAGAGACGGCCCCGCGCCGGGGGGGCGGCGCUGCCCGGACCGAGGGCCCCACGCAGCACCCCUUGCUGCGCAUUGGCAGCAUCAGCCUCUUCCAGUCCCCGCCCACCCAGCUGAUGCAGGAGCACAGGCUGGACGGCAACAUCUUCAUCCGCCUGCCGGACAAGCCCCUCAAGCCGGGCGAAGUGCUCAGCAUCCUCCUCUACCUAAUGGCCAACUCCACCGUGGAGCACUUCACGCUCAGGGUGAAGGCCAAGAAGGGCGUCAACCUCGUCAACACCAAAUCCAGGAACCUCCAGUGGUUGGUGACCUCCGAGCUGCUGACGGGCGGGAAGCACUCCACAGCCACCGUCGACGUGGCCAAGAUAGACGGCGCACUGCCCAGGGACGGGGACUCCUCCUAUGAGAUCAUGCAGCUGGACUUCGAGAUGGAGAAUUUCACCAGCCAGGCCGUGACGCGGCGCAUCAUGUGGCACAUCGACUACCGGGGCCGCAACCCGCCGCCCGACCUGGAGAAGGUGGUGACGGAGCUGACGGUCAUUCAGCGGGACAUCCGCGCCAUCGUGCCCCUGGCCAUGGACACGGAGAUCAUCAACACAGCCAUCCUGACGGGCCGCACGGUGGCCAUCCCGGUGAAGGUCAUCGCCAUAGAGAUGACCGGCGUCAUCACGGACGUCUCGGCCAUGGUCGAGUGCAAGUCCAACAACGAGGACAUCAUCAAGGUGUCCAACAGCUGCGACUACGUAUUUGUGAGCGGGAAGGAGACGCGCGGCUCCAUGAACGCCCGGGUGACCUUCAGCUACGAGCACCUGAGCGCCCUGCUGGAGAUGACCGUGUGGGUGCCCAAGCUGCCGCUGCACAUUGAGCUGUCGGACCCCAGGCUGAGCCAAGUGAAGGGCUGGAGGGUGCCUAUCCUGCCGGACAGGAGGUCAGUGCGGGAGAGUGAGGAUGACGAGGACGAGGAUGAGCGGAAGCAGAACCGGGGCUGCACCCUGCAGUACCAGCACUCCACCCUGCAGGUCUUCACCCAGUUCCACACCACCUCCUCGGAGGGCACUGACCAGGUCAUCACCAUGCUGGGACCCGACUGGCUGGUGGAGGUCACCGACCUGGUCAGCGACUUCAUGAAGGUGGAUGACCCCCGGGUGGCCCAGCUGGUGGACAGCAGCACGCUGGCCGGGCGGGAGCCGGGCACCACGCUCUUCAAGGUGGUGUCCCCACUCAUGGAGGCAGUGCUGGGGGAGACGGCGGUGACGGUGGUGGAUGAAAAGGUCAGCAUCACCGAUCUGAAGGCCCAGGUGGUGUCCAGCCUGUCACUCUCCCUCCAUCCCAGCCCCGGCAACAGCCACACCAUCGUGGCUAAGACGGCCGCCCAGCAGACCCUGAACUUCUCCAAGCAGGAAGCCCUCCUGAGCAUGUGGGUCUCAUACAGUGAUGGCACCACGGUCCCCCUCUCCCUGUACGACCCCAAAGACUAUAACCUGGUGGUGAGCAGCCUGGAUGAGAAAGUGGUGUCGGUGACCCAGGACCGGGCCUUCCCGUUGGUGGUGGCGGAAGGCGAGGGGGCUGGCGACCUGCUGCGUGCCGAGCUGGUCAUCUGCGAGAGCUGCCAGAAGACCAAGCGCAAGAGCGUGCUCUUCACGGCGCUGGCCAGCGUGCGGGUGCGCUUCAGCUCGGAGGAGGACCCCACCUACGACUAUGGGGAUGCUGGCCACGUGCCGAGCAAGCCGGGGACCUCGGGGAAGGAGGAGAGCGCGGCCAGCACCACCCUGCGGGCAGAUGUGGAGAGGAAGCUGGAGCCCAGCCAGGACAGCAGAGCUCCCAGCAUCCCCCAUACCACUGAGGAUUUCCCCACCAUCCCCACAGGCUUCGUGCAGGUGCCACGGGGGCUGACGGACCUGGAAAUCGGCAUGUAUGCCCUGCUGGGCGUCUUCUGCUUGGCCAUCCUGGUCUUCCUCAUCAACUGCAUCGUCUUCGUGCUGAAGUAUAGGCACAAGCGGAUCCCGCCCGAGGGCCAGACCAACAUGGACCACUCCCACCACUGGGUCUUCUUGGGCAACGGGCAGCCCCUGAGGGUCCAGAAUGACCUCUCCCCUCCGCCUGAGAGCCCCGGCAACCCGCUGGAGAGCGUCCAGACCUGCUGCCAUGGGGACCACCAGAGCAGCGGCAGCUCACAGACCAGCGUGCAGAGCCAGGUGCACGGGCGAGGAGAUGGCUCCUCGGGGGGCUCCACCAGGGACCAGAGCGAGGACCCACUCAACUCGCCCACCUCCAAGAGGAAGCGGGUGAAGUUCACCACCUUCGCCACGCUGCCCUCCGAGGAGCUGGCCUACAACUCCAUCCCCAUCGCCGAUGAGGAGGACCUGGAGUGGGUGUGCCAGGACAUGGGGCUACAGGAUCCCGAGGCGCUCCACGACUACAUCUGCAGGAUCAAGGAGAUCGCUUAGCGGGCUGCCGCGCCCUGCCACACUACGCCAGCCGUUGCCCUCCGGCUAGGGCUUGAGCGGAUACCCGAGACCCUGACCAUGGGAGCAGAUUUUCAAUACUCCCCUCCCUUUCCUUUUCGCUCUCUCUUCCGUGCACGGGGCUUCCCCUUCCGCCACUUUUUUUUUUUUCGUUGAAAGGGAACAAGUGUUGAGCGAGCCAAACGGAGCGGGGUGAACCCUGGCGUCCCGAGGGAGCGAGGGGCCGCCUCUGCCUUCCGCCCUCUCACCGCCAAAGUGCCGAGGUGCCUGCACGCUGCUUGCACAAACGCCACCCCUCCUGCCGGGCAGUAGGUGGCGCCGUAGAGGGAGCUGGCACAGCUGGGGGCGCGGAGCCCCGUGUUACGGGGAAGACACUGGUGGGGGUGCAGGAGCCAGAGCUAGAGCAAAAAGAGGUGGGGGGGGGCGGGUUCAGACCUGGAGCGGUAACGGUCAGCGUGGAGGGCUCAGCUCGGAUGUGCCCGCUCUCCACGUGCCUUGACGCUGCCUUGCCCUGCCCUGCGAACCACUGACCGAGCGGCGAGGCCUCCUGCCCUGCGGCCUCCGAGCGAGCAUCGGCCACGAAAGACGAACAGGAUUUCUCUGCUUUACUUUGUUGCACAAUAAUGUUGAAUAAAUAUACAUUCAGGGAUCCCCCCGAUGGGCCCGGUCCUGCCACCGGUGUCACGGGACACGCUGCUCUGAA